AUGUCUAUUUUACAGGUUUUCCAAAGGCGUGUGGAUGGAAUCACAGAUUUUUACCGGACAUGGCUCGAGUACGAGAACGGAUUUGGUGACUUAACAAAUGAGUUUUGGUUAGGUAAUGAGAAAAUUCACAUGCUGACUUCAAAUAAUAAUUAUACCUUACGAAUCGAAUUGGAAAAUUUUGCGAAUGAAAAGAGAUAUGCGGAAUAUCAAACGUUCAAGAUAUCGGAUGCUCAGUCUGAAUUCCAAUUGUCAGUAAAUGGCUACAGUGGCAACGCAGGUGAUAGUUUAGACUACCACAACGGCAUGGUAUUUAGUACCAAAGACCGAGACAACAGUCCUUCUUCCAAGGCGUGUGCAGUUAGAUUCCAUGGCGCAUGGUGGUAUAACUCUUGCCAUCAGUCUAAUUUAAAUGGCAACUAUUUAUCUGGUUCUCAUAUCUCCUUUGGCGAUGGAAUUGAAUGGCUGACAUGGACAGGACAUUACUAUUCAUUAAAAUCGUCGAAAAUGAUGAUAAGAAGACAAAAUGGCAAUUAA